AAUGUCAGGAUGAAACGGCUGAAUUCUUACCAGCACAAUUCGCAUGUCAGUGUGUGCAGCCAAGGCAAUAGCCAGUAUAGCUUCCAGCCAGCAAGACCAUCACAACAGUCCUCAUGCUUCUGUCCGUCCAGUCCAGUCACAAACACAUGCGAGCCCACACGGUUUCUGUAUGUACUCUACUAUAUGUUCCCAUGAUGCACCCGAAUAGCUGCUAUAGCUGACCUGUCAUGCCUCAAGUUCAGACAUCUACACCUGCUACACCUGAGUGAACACCAAAGGAUUCCCAAACAUAUGCAGGGCCUUCACAAGUCGAUUGUUUAUCAGAGAGAGGAGGACAAAGCAAGGGUGCAAAGGGUUCUUCCAAAACAUUAUGCAUUUUGCAACUUCAUAACAAUGUGAAUACAUUUCCUUUUCCUUCCAUUUUAAUGCAUAUGUAACUCCAGUACUCGUACUCUGCUGGUGACUACUGUCGGCCAGGUGACUCAUACACAGGUAAGUUUUCUGGUUACCCAACCAUAAGCCUUUUGUCACCUUACUCCUGUGAUUACAUUACCAAUAAUUCAUUUCUUCACACCUUCUGUUGGCAUGAGGGUUGUCACUAACACCUUCACAAAGCCCCGAGGUUCUAGGAGCUGAUUGAGCCAGUGGGAUCAAACUUCUACAGUCGUCUUUUUUUAUCCUCCUGACAGUACUUUUAACAAUGUUUUAUAUCUCACUGAAACCUAUUCGCCUGAGGUGCGAUAGUUUGUAGAGUUGAGGAGUUGCUCUUCAGGAGCGCCGGUCUCACUUGAAUUGAUUCAGGAGCUGUCUAUGGUGCUGAAAGUUUUACCCGACACUCGUUAAUCCACUCUACUCUGCCUGUAGGCAUUUUGAUGUGUGGGUGUUAGAGGAAAAGCAGCUGCUCAUACGAAUGAAAUAAUUCUUCAAGGUUCAGCCCUGGGAAGGAAAAUCUAAAAAGAAAGGAAAAAUCAGCAAUCACCUGUCAAUUGGAAAUCGACCAUUGCGAAUUACUUUUUUAUUCGAUCUCUUGCAUUAACUUCUGCUAUACCAUUUUUUCCUCGAUCUUUUUCUUUUAAAUACCUUGACCAGAAUAUAUUUCAACCAUGGAUAAGAUGCUGCCUGCCCAAGAGGCUGCUAAAAUCUACCACACCAACUACGUGAGAAACGCCAGAGCCGUAGGGGUGUUGUGGGCAGUGUUCACCAUCUGCUUCUCGAUCAUCACUGUCACGGUGUUCAUCCAGCCAUUUUGGAUCGGGGACAGCGUGAGUACCCCGCAGGCAGGGUACUUCGGCCUCUUCCACUACUGCAUCGGCAACGCGCUCACCUCGGAGCUCAUCUGCAAAGGGAGCGUCUUGGACUUCGGCUCCAUCCCGUCCGGCGCCUUUAAGACGGCGCUGUUCUUCGUGGGGACUUCGAUGCUGCUGAUCGUAGGGAGCCUAGUGGGCCUCAGCUUGUUCUGGUUCCUCAACACCGGCAGUGUUUAUAAGAUCUGCGCCUGGAUGCAACUGGCAGCAGCUGCACUAAUGACGAUGGGCUGUUUGAUCUACCCUGACGGCUGGGACGCUCCGGAGGUGAAGCGCAUGUGCGGAGAGCGGACGGAUAAGUACCAGCUGGGGAACUGCACCGUGCGCUGGGCUUACAUUCUCGCCCUCAUCAGCAUCAUGGACGCACUCAUCCUCUCAUUCCUGGCCUUCACGCUGGGCAACCGGCAGGACCAGCUGCUCCCAGAAGACUUCGAGGUGGAGACUCCUGGCGACGCACCGGUUCCAGGUAAGGCCGCUUUGCACAAGUGAUGUGCUUUCACUAUGCGCCAUUUUACGCACUGUUCUUCUGGGGUCGUAUUAAACAGUACGGUUCUAAA